GACACCUUUUUGUACCUUUGUUACUCACUCAAUGCCAAGAAAGAUAAAAAUGAUGUUUAUGUCGACUUAUGUCACCAAAAUGGAAAGCAGCCAAUGUUAUCAACGCGCGAGUUUUUGAAUCAAGCUGUCGUUUUUACUCAAAUAAUACUUUUUUCGAUCUUAUAGUGGGAACAAACGGAGGGAAAAUGCGAGGGAUACGAACGAGGCGAUCUAUUUUGAAUGCAGAAAGUGCAGCUAAAACGAGCAAAUACCGCGCGACGCAUUGAGGAUUACACCCUGUGCUUAUGGUGGUGGCGGUGGCGGUCAGUGGCGGAAAAAAGGUAGCCGAUGAUGUUCGCGCACGCAGAUAGGAUAGGUUAGGAGAAGUGUUGGCCGCUGCCUCGUCUCUGUUUAUCCGCGUUACCGAAGAAUCGAAGUCGCGUCGCGCCCGCAGGUCAUCUCCAGUGCACGUCCGACCGCGAUGAGAGAUUCGUAGCGGAGGUUAGACGCCGAGGUAACCGUCGAUCGAUUCCGCGCGAUCAAGAGCGGUGCCGGGUGCGUAGAAUACAGCUGGCAAAAUGGGCAAGUUGUUGUCAAAGAUUUUUGGCAACAAGGAGAUGCGUAUCCUCAUGUUAGGACUGGAUGCAGCAGGAAAAACUACAAUAUUGUAUAAACUUAAAUUAGGACAGUCUGUGACAACUAUACCAACUGUAGGAUUCAAUGUAGAAACAGUUACCUAUAAGAAUGUUAAAUUUAAUGUGUGGGAUGUAGGUGGUCAAGAUAAAAUACGUCCAUUAUGGCGUCAUUACUAUACAGGAACGCAAGGACUUAUUUUUGUAGUAGACUGUGCGGAUCGAGAUAGAAUUGACGAAGCCCGUCAAGAACUUCAUCGAAUCAUUAAUGAUAGGGAAAUGCGUGAUGCAAUAAUUUUAAUCUUUGCUAAUAAACAAGAUCUUCCGGAUGCAAUGAAACCGCACGAAAUACAAGAGAAACUGGGAUUAACUAGGAUACGAGAUAGAAAUUGGUACGUUCAGCCAUCUUGUGCCACAACGGGAGACGGGCUUUAUGAAGGCCUUACGUGGUUAACCAGUAAUCAUAAAUUAUGAGCAAAUAUUUAUUUUUCACAAAUUAGUUAUAUAUACAGAGAAUAUACGUUUGCUUUGUAUUUUUUAUUUUAAUUUAUCAUAUGGAGGCUCCACAUCAAGACGAACAACAACUGACAAUGAUACAUUUGACGACAUCUUUUUUACUAGUACAGUUGCAAAAAGGAAAAAAAGGAAUAAUAUAAAGACGACUAUUAAUGGUGUGUUCCAAUAAUAUCGCUACUAGGGGAAUAGUAAUUUAUUGUAAACGAGGUACCAAGGGUUUACGUGUGACCUUUGUUAUACUAGCUAUUUAUCCCAUUUCAUGGAAAUAAUUACCGGAUAAAAUUAUGCUAGCGGGUUUAAUACCGCUCUAUGUACAUGUAACAUAUUCACACAAGUGUACUAUUUCAUGAGACACACAAAUUGUACAAGUUAAAAAAAAUUACGAGAAUCUAGUUAUGAUAUUAAGAGGUUCACGGAUUCACAAGGAUUAGUAUACUGUAUAACUUACCUUUGUGUGUGUGCAGGAUCAUAUCUAAUAUCUAUCUAACUGUUAUUUGAGCGGAAAGUACCUCAAGUUUUUAAUUGAAUGCAGCUAGAGAUUUUUAACUUCGUAAUAUCUUGUUGUCAAAAUGCUAUCUAAUGUAUUAUAUAAUAUUCAUACAUAUAGCCCGUGAGUAUAAUACGUGAAUAAAUUUAAAAUACCUAUAUCGAGGUUUUAUAUAGUACAGCAAGAUUCUGUUGAUAAACAUCCUUGUUGUUUAGAGUUUUUU